AUUACGGUAAAGAUGUAACAAAACUGCCUUUUCCUUAUUUCUCCUUCAUGUCAGCAUUUCCUCUGGUGAUAUUGAAACGGAGGUUUGCAUUGGGUUUUGUGGCUCAGAGGAACUAUGGAAAUAAGAGACAGUAGAAUCGGGAUGUGUGGGCUUUGGUGGUGAGAGAGGAAAUCCAGGCUUGGCUACCCUGUCAGAAAUCAGACUACAUGAAGUUUUCAGUAAGUGGAGACUGUGCCUUCUGUGACUGAAUUCCCACGGUCAUGGCCCAUGGCUCACUAAGAACUCUUGGGCCAGUUAUUAAAAAAUAAAACAAACAUCUCUUUGGUGAAGGUAGGGAUUAGAUCAUGAUUUACCAAUCCAUUUCCUAGCCAGUUUUUCCCCAGGCUCAACACCAACAUAGACAAACUGUGAUUGCCCUUAAAAGUCUUCAUUCACAGGGGCCCAACUUUGCAUUUUAUCCCCCGUGUUCUAAUUACAUUAGAGCCGUAGAUGCAACCUGGUCUCAUGUGAUCGUCUGAGAUAAAGAUGAGGAAUUAAAGCACAAACAAGUGACUCAUUUUAAUGGAUUUACUCCAGACAGGAGAAACCUGUAAUUUCUCUUCAGCGUGCUUGAUGGACCCAUCGUGGAGUGAAUCACAGACUUACACAAGCCUUGAAACCCCAGGCGGUUUUACAGUUCUCAGAUAGGCUUUUCACCAUCGGUGGCUGGUUUGCACCGGGCCCUCUUGGAUUUCUCUUUGAAAAAUGGAGAAGUGGCGUCACAGGCGCUGAAGGGGGACCAUGGGACCUGCAAGGGGAGGCACCCGGGAUGGUGGGGCACAAUGGCUGGAAGCUCCGUGCCAACUCUCCUGCCUGGCUGCUAGCUUUCCUGGAUGCGGCUCUUUAUGAAACUGCUCCGCCAUGGCAAGGGACAACUGGUGAAGAUCCCAAUGUGUGAAAAUGAAGUCCCAGGCAACCAUGAUUUGCUGUUUAAUGUUCUUUCUGGGCAUAGAAUGUUCUCACUAUAAAUCCAAGGUCCACAUAAAAGAUGGAGAUAAACUUCAACAUCCUGAAGGGAAACUCAUGACUGGAAGGAUACAAGAGAAAUGCGAGGGACCUUGCAUCACGGCUUCCAACUGCAGCCAGCCCUGUGCUCAGCACUUUCGUGGAGAAAUAGGAUUUACAUGUCAUCAAAACAAGUGGCAAAAAUCAACUGAAACAUGUACAAGCCUCUCAGUGGAAACACUCUUUAAGGACUUCAGUAGUGCAUCACGCCUCUCCCUAGCAGCAUCAUCUGUGCCUGUUCACGCUCUUGAUUUUCGAGCUCCAGAACCCGUGGAGAGUGUAGCUCAAGGAAUCCUCAGGAACUGUCCAAUUGAUUAUGCCUGCAUACUCGAUGUCGUGAAGUCAUCAGAAGCCACGUCUGGAAACAUCGCGUUCAUAGUGGAGUUACUAAGAAAUAUUUCUACAGACUUAUCUGAUAAUGUUACCCAAGAGAAAAUGAAGAGUUAUAGUGAAGUGGCCAACCACAUCCUUGACACAGCAGCCAUUUCAAAUUGGGCUUUCAUUCCAGACAAAAAUACCAGCUCGGAUUUGUUGCAGUCAGUGAAUCUGUUCGCAAGGCAACUCCGCGUGCACAAUGAAUCCGAGAACCUUGCAGAUGAACUCUUCAUUCAGGCAAAAGGGCUUCGCAUCAACCACAAUACCUCAGAGAAAAAGUUCAAUUUCUCCGCGAGCAUGAACAGUACAACAGAGGGUAUCUUAGGGAUGAUAGAAAUUCCCAGGCAAGAGCUGUGGAAGCUGUCACCAAAUGCAUCCCAAGCCAUCAGCAUAGCCUUUCCCACCUUGGGGGCCAUACUGAAGGAAGUCCGCUCGCAAAAUGUGAGUCUUCCUAGACCUGUAAAUGGUCUCGUUCUUUCAGUGAUUUUACCGGAAGGACUGAAGCAAGUCUUAUUUACCUUUGAGAAGAUCAACAAAUCCCGGAAUGCCAGGGCCCAGUGUGUUGGCUGGCACUCAAGGAAAAGGAGAUGGGAUGAGAAUGCUUGUGAAACUACGCUGGAGAUCACGAACAGAGUGAAAUGCUUGUGUAACUACACCAACAUGGUGAUGUCCUUUUCCAUUCUAAUGUCCCCCAAAUCUAUAGACAACAAAGUCCUGUACUACAUCACCUGCAUUGGGCUCAGCAUCUCCAUCCUUAGCUUGAUUCUUUGCCUGAUCAUUGAAGCCCUGGUGUGGUCCCGGGUGGUUGUGACGGAGAUAUCAUACUUGCGUCAUGUGUGCAUUGUGAACAUAGCUGUGUCGCUCCUGAUUGCUAAUGUGUGGUUCAUCAUAAACUCUAACUUUCACAAAAAGGCCCAGGACUCCAAGUGGUGUGUUGCGCUGACAUUUUUCAGCCACUUUUUCUACCUCUCUCUGUUUUUCUGGAUGUUCUUCAAAGCACUGCUCAUCAUCUAUGGAAUAUUGGUUGUUUUCCGUAGGAUGAUGAAGUCCCGCCUGAUGGCCAUUGGCUUUGCCAUUGGCUAUGGAUGUCCACUGGUCAUCGCUGGCACCACAGUUGCUGUCACAGUGCCAGAGAAAGGCUACACGAGACCCGAUGCCUGUUGGCUUAACUGGGACAAUACCAAAGCCCUUUUAGCAUUUGCCAUCCCAGCCUUAGUCAUUGUGGCCGUGAAUCUUGUGGUGGUUUUGGUUGUUGCUGUCAACACUCAGAGGCCCUCUAUUGGCAGUUCCAAGUCUCAGGAUCUCGCCAUAAUUAUGAGGAUCAGCAAAAAUGUGGCCAUCCUCACCCCACUGCUGGGACUGACCUGGGGUUUUGGAGUAGCUACGCUUAUAGAAGGCACUUCUUUGAUAUUCCAUAUAAUUUUUGCCCUGCUUAAUGCUUUCCAGGGGUUCUUCAUCUUGCUGUUUGGAACCAUUAUGGACCAUAAGAUAAGAGAUGCUUUGAGGAUGAGGAUGUCUUCACUGAAGGGCAGAACAAGGGUCGCAGAGAAUGCAUCUUUAAGCCCAACCAAUGGAUCUAAAUUAAUGAAUCGUUGAAGACGAGAUGCCGCUCCAUUCCUCAUGGAUGUUCCGUGUCCUGGACUGAGAGUGAAGCUCUGGGAGAGGGAGGCCGGCAUGAGGGACAACCAAGUUUCCUUGGAAGACUUUCUCUUCUGGCCAGGAGUGACACCUAAGCUGUCAGGGCGAAAAUGCUUGCCGAGGGGAAAAUGAGAAUGACGUUUGGUGCCUGGGCUUGAAGGAGCCAGAACCACUGACUCUUUGACUGACCCGUGACUCGCAGGCACCUGGCUUCUUGGUCAACCUUGGCAAGAUUAAGACAGCAAGCCAUUUUCUGAGCUUCUGGACAAGGCUGGAGCUGUUGGGUGUCUACUGGAUGAGGUGUGUUUUCACGCCCAAGGCCUGCUCUGUGGCUCCAUAAACCCGCCAUUGUCAUUGUGCAUGGAUCAUGCUUGCUCUGGGGGACAGAAGUUAGAUCCAGUGUCGGGGGAGGGGCGGAGAUGGGAGUGGAGGGGGGAGGGUGGCAGCAGAAAUACCGACUCUACUUUGGAGACUGUUAAAUUAUGGUAGGUUUCCUAAAAAUGGGAACAGAAUUAAAAUAAGAGGACUUUUAAAUGUGUUUCUGAUUUUAGUCUAUUAAAAUAGACUAAGUAGUCUGUUUUAAUAAUAAUUUUGCUCCUAGGACUUUAGGUUCCUUAUUUGUGAUACUUAAAAAUAUUCUUGUAGGUAUUAUUAUUAUUAUUAUUGUGUGUGUGUGUGUGUGUAU